AUGAAAGUAUACGGGGAGGAGACAAGACAAGAAAACCCUAAGUAAUGGUAUGCAUAUAAAUAAAAAUACUUUCCUUAUUUCCUCAAUCCUUUCAUUGCCGUCUUCACAAACACUUAAGCUUUCCGCCGCCUCCUGCGAGAUCCCCAUCAACUUCCGCCAAAAUGAAGGUUGUCGCCGCGUUCUUGCUCGCUGUUCUUAGCGGAAAAGCUUGCCCAACCAGUGCUGACAUCAAGGUUAUCCUCAAUUCAGUUGGUUGUGAAACAGAAGAUUCCCAGAUUGAGCUUUUGUUGAAGGAAGUCAAUGGGAAAGAUGUAGCUGAGUUGAUUGCUGUUGGAAGGGAGAAGUUGGCUUCAGUACCCAGCGGUGGUGGUGGUGUUGCCAUGGCUUCUGCUCCAUCUGCUGGUGGUGGUGGAGGUGCUGCCCCUGCUGAGGCCAAGAAGGAAGAGAAGAAAGAGGAGAAGGAAGAAUCCGAUGAUGACAUGGGUUUCAGCCUGUUCGAGUAGAGCGUAUGCUUGGCUGUCAUCUGAUUUUGCUAUCAUUUUGUUACCUCUUGAAACUUAUGUUGUUGUUUUCUAGUUUGUUCUCGGUCAGUAUCUUUGACAUUUCUGAAAUUCUCAAGAGAUUUUUACACAAAACAAUAUGUUAUAUUUGCAUUUCUAUUUCUUGCUUUGAA